UCUCACCGUGUACCUGAGCAACAACGAGCAGCACUUCACCGAAGUGCCCGUCACGCCCGACACGACCUGCAGGGAUGUGGUGGAGCUGUGCAAAGAGCCCGGCGAGAGCGAGUGCCACCUGGCCGAGGUGUGGGGCGGCUCAGAGCGCCCCGUGGCUGAUAACGAGCGGAUGCUGGAUAUCCUGCAGCGCUUUGGGAUGCACAGAAGUGAGGUUCGGUUCUUCCUUCGGCACGAGCGUGCUCCCGGCCGGGAAGCAGGGAGUGUGCAAAGGACUCAGGAUCCAGCCUUGAAAAGGAAUGGGGUGAAGGUACCUGGUGAUCGAAGAAUGGAGAACGGGGUCAGUGCUCCCAGAAUGGAUAUGACACUGGCUGAGCUUCAGGAGAUGGCGUCACGCCAGCAGCAACAAAUCGAGGCCCAACAGCAGAUGCUGGCAAACAAGGAGCAGCGCCUGAAAUUCCUGAAGCAGCAAGAUCAGCGGCAGCAGCAGCAGGCUGCUGAGCAGGAGAAGCUGAAGCGGCUGAAGGAAAUUGCUGAGAAUCAGGAAGCCAAACUUAAGAAAGUCAGAGCACUGAAAGGCCACGUGGAGCAGAAAAGACUGAGCAAUGGGAAAUUAGUGGAGGAGAUCGAGCAGAUGAACAGCUUGUUCCAGCAGAAGCAGCGCGAGCUGGUGCUGGCCGUGUCCAAGGUGGAGGAGCUCACCAGGCAGCUGGAGAUGCUGAAGAACGGCCGGAUCGACGGCUACCACGACAACCAGUCGGCUGUAGCCGAGCUCGACCGCCUGUACAAGGAGCUGCAGCUGCGGAACAAGCUGAACCAGGAGCAGAAUGCCAAGCUGCAGCAGCAGCGCGAGUGCCUCAACAAGCGCAACUCGGAGGUGGCCGUCAUGGACAAGCGCGUCACGGAGCUGCGCGAGCGCCUCUGGAAGAAGAAGGCAGCCCUGCAGCAGAAGGAGAACGUGCCAGUUUCUUCAGAUGGGAAUUUGCCCCAGCCGGUGGCUUCUGCUCCAAGUCGAGUGGCAGCAGUAGGUCCUUAUAUCCAGUCCUCUACUAUGCCACGUAUCACUUCCAGGCCUGAACUUUUGGUGAAACCAGCAUUUUCAGAUGGGACACAAGCUCUGCAGAUACCUGAUGGCCCCCUGAAAACACAAACUCUUCCCAACAUGAGAGCUGGAAGCAGUUCACAAGCUAAGGUUCCUGCAGGCUCGGUGGUCCCCAGCUCAAAACCUUCCCCAUCCUCCCUGGACUGGAGCAGUUCAAAUGCAGACAAUCUCAUUAGUCAGGGACAAGCCUUGACUUCAGCAAAGGGAAUUGUGAUCGGUGAAGGACAAGCAGCUGAAGGCGAGAGUUUUCUGCGGGACAAGGAGAAGAAGGUCCGCCCGUUCUCUAUGUUUGAUUCCGUGGAGCAGUCCGCCGGGCUGGGCGCGCUGAGGAAGAACCAGAGCAGCGAGGACCUGCUGCGGGAGGCGCAGACAGCCAAUAAAAACAUAACAAAAGUACCACCACCAGUCCCCACUAAACCAAAGCAGAUAAACUUGCCCUACUUUGGCCAAGCUCAUCACCUGCCACCGUCCGAGGCGAAGCCGGAGGGAAACCCGCAGAAGCUGCCGUUGGCCGUCGUAACGAUGGGGAACAAGCCAAAGGCACAGCAGCCCUCCCACGCUUCCCAGCCGAUGCAGCAAAGGAUCUCCAUGCCUCCAGCAGGUCCUUCCUUGAGCCAGGACCAAAUUCUAGCGUCGUCCAAACAGGAGAGUCCUCCAGCAGCAGCCGUGAGGCCGUUUACCCCUCAGCCAUCCAAGGAGGCCUCGCUGCCGGCCUUCCGCAAGCCUCCGACGGUGGCUGCGAGCUCCAUUUACAGCAUGUACACGCAGCAGCAGACCCCGGGCAAGAACUUCCAGCAGGCCGUGCAGAGCGCCCUGACGAGGGCGCAGGGCAGGGCGCCGCACUUCCCGAGCGUGUACGGCAAGCCCGUGAUGGCGGGAGCCCCGGCGCCGCAGCCGCCCGCGGACAACGUCUACGCGAGCGGCCCCGGCGCGGCGGGCAGCCCCGAGCCCGAGGGCGAAGCUGCCGCCAGCGCUCCGGAGAGCCACGAGACGGAGCGGAUCCCCCGGCCCCUGAGCCCCACCAAGCUGCUGCCUUUCCUGUCCAACCCGUACCGCAACCAGAGCGAUGCCGACCUGGAGGCGCUGCGGAAGAAGCUCUCCAACGCGCCGCGGCCGCUCAAGAAGCGCAGCUCCAUUACGGAGCCCGAGGGACCCAACGGGCCCAAUAUUCAGAAGCUGCUGUACCAGAGGACCACCCUGGCUGCCAUGGAGACUAUCUCAGCUCCGUCCCAUGCCUCCAAGCAGGCCGCGGCAGCUGCCAGCCCCGAAAGCCCCACGGAGAUCCCAAAUCCCUACUUGAGUGCAGAGUCGGAAAAAGAAACAGCUGCUUCCGCCCCAGAACCAGCCAUAGCCGAGGAAGCAGAGUCGGAAGCAGCGGAUCAGAGUGAGGUGGUUCUGCCCUCGGCAGCUUUGGACACUGUCCCCGAAGGGCCGUCGGACAGCGAGGAGCUCAUGCAACCCAAAAUGGAAGAGCCGAGCCUAGAAGCUUCACUGCCUCUGGAAGUGUACAUGGAGGAGUAUCCUCCAUACCCACCACCUCCAUAUCCGUCAGGGGAACCGGAGAGUUUGGGAGAGGAUGUGUCCAAUAUGCGACCUCCAGAAGUUACAGGACAGUUUUCCCUGCCUCCAGGGAAGAGGACAAACUUGCGUAAAACUGGCUCCGAGAGAAUUGCCCAUGGGAUGAGGGUGAAAUUCAACCCCCUCGCACUGCUKCUGGAUUCAUCUUUGGAGGGCGAAUUUGACCUCGUGCAGAGAAUCAUUUAUGAGGUGGAGGAUCCCAGUAUGCCCAACGACGAGGGCAUCACGGCGCUGCACAACGCCGUGUGCGCCGGGCACACGGAGAUCGUCAAGUUCCUGGUGCAGUUUGGGGUGAACGUGAACGCCGCCGACAGCGACGGAUGGACCCCGCUGCACUGCGCCGCGUCCUGCAACAACGUGCAGGUGUGCAAGUUCCUGGUGGAGUCGGGCGCCGCCGUGUUCGCCAUGACCUACAGCGACAUGCAGACGGCCGCCGACAAGUGCGAAGAGAUGGAGGAGGGCUACACGCAGUGCUCCCAGUUCCUCUACGGAGUCCAGGAGAAAAUGGGCAUAAUGAACAAAGGAGUCAUCUACUGCCUGUGGGAUUACGAGGCCCAGAAUGACGACGAGCUCUCCAUGAAGGAGGGAGACUGCAUGACSGUCCUGCGCCGCGAGGACGGCGACGAAAUCGAGUGGUGGUGGGCACGGCUCAACGACAAGGAAGGCUACGUGCCCCGCAACCUGCUCGGSCUGUAUCCAAGGAUUAAACCUAGACAAAGAAGCUUGGCCUGAUCUAGCACAGAAGCCAGACUCUUGAAGUACUAAUCAUGAAUGACUUAAAGAAAAAAAAUUGUCUUGGUUCCAGUAUCAUGAGACUUAUUUCAAUGACAAUGUAAUUUGAAAGCUAUGAAGAAUGUGCUUUGAAAACAAAUGAAGGAUUGAUGCAUUAGCAAAUGGAAAAGGGCAUUUUCCAAGAUGAAAUAGUGGCUACAAGCAACUGAAACUGCUCCAUUUGGUCUAAGCAAGACUAAUGUUCAAGUUCCCACUCUGAUCUUUCUGCCAUGCUGGGGAAAAAAAUCACAUUUUUGCACAAUAAAUACAAGGACCCUUUCAAUUCCUCAGUGGAGGAGGCAGCAUGAAACAGAUGACUGGCUUUGUCCACAUUUUUCCUGAGGGUUUUUCCAGAUGGGAGAAACUGAAGUCAUCUAACGUACGUGCGCAGCACCCAAAUGCUUGUGCUGUGAGCAGAACAUUGGUUGAAGUAGCCACACUGAAGUGCAUCUAAGCAGUAAGAACCAGGUGACCAGUGCAUUGAGCAAUAACUUUUAAAAUGUUGUAGCAUCUUAGGAAUUUCAUGUAUUCAAAAUGUGCUAUAUUCCAGACAAUGUAGUUUUAGACUCCUCUUUUUACAAAAAGCCUUCUGUAUUUAUUGUCUUUUUGUACUUUGAAAACUAAGUGUAGAAACUCUUUAGUCCUUCUUUCUAUUGACUGUGAUACCAUUAAACUCUUUUUCCUCUCUUAAGCCUUAACUCCUGGGUGCUGCCAAGCUUUUUAAUGCUACAGCACCUGACAGUGUUAUCAACACAGGUCUAGCCCUGCUAGGGUAACAGCUCCUUGCUGUACUGGAGGUGGAGGAGUGAUUCCAGCCUGG